GACGGGAUGGCUCAGAGCUUUGAAAUCUACUUGUUCCCGCUGAUAUGCCCAAUAAUACAUGUAUCAGUUCUUCUAGCGGCGCUCUACAUUGUGAUGGGCAAGAUAGUGAGUUUUCGUUUUUAUACGCAUUGCCAUGCUCCAACCCUAUGAAUCGGAUUCUUUUGGUGUUGGUGCCGUCUUCCCAAGGGUCGAGUGUCGACCCAAUAGCAACCAAUCCACACCGACGACCUGUAAAAAGGUACACUCAGAAAUUAAACAGUCCGACUCUCAAAUUUGGAAAGACAAGAGAAGUUUCCCAAUUCUCGAUGGUGACCGGCCUUCGCUGACGUCUGUGUCGAGGUCUAAGAAUAGCAUAUACCUGAGCAGGGAUCCUCGUUCAGGUUCAAGCGAGACUUCAGCCCUCGUAUACCCGUGCACGACUUUGACCACUGCCGUCGCAUCAAUACUGCGAUUUGUCUGCCUCUUCAGAAUUAUUUCAGCCUCCCAAGCCACGUGCAUUGCUACGCUGCCAAUUGCAAUGCAACAUGUUCGGGUUGAGCCUGCCUCAAGCAGAUCUAUUGCCUCCGUAAGUCACUCCUACGACAACUCGGGUGAAGAACCGAGUGGUACACCGCAUGAGUAAUGCUAUGUUUGCGCUAAUUGUGGGUAGUGGGUCUAGGAAUCAAUAUUUACCCUACCUAGAAUUAACAUGGUGGCGCAUAGUGAUGGGAAGAUUUAAGGUCGGGCGUGGUCCCCUUUCAUC